AUGGCUACAGUCACUGCUAACGGAGUGCAGCAGGAGAAUGGAUUCAGCACCACGACCAGCGUAGGCAGGAUGAACGGGCUAACAAUCGGACAGAACACCAUUCCAAUGAAGGACCACGACGCCAUCAAGCUUUUCAUUGGCCAGAUACCCCGAAACCUGGAGGAGAAAGACCUGAAACCGCUGUUUGAGGAAUUCGGCAAGAUAUACGAACUCACCGUACUGAAAGACAGAUUUACCGGAAUGCAUAAAGGAUGUGCCUUUCUCACCUACUGCGCCCGUGAGUCUGCCCUGAAGGCCCAGAGUGCACUGCACGAACAGAAGACACUACCAGGGAUGAACCGGCCGAUACAGGUGAAGCCAGCCGACAGCGAAGGACGAGGAGAAGACAGGAAGCUGUUUGUGGGCAUGCUGGGGAAGCAGCAGAGCGAGGAGGACGUGCGGCGCCUCUUCGAGACCUUCGGCCAGAUCGAGGAGUGCACGGUGCUCCGGGGGCCCGACGGGGCCAGUAAGGGCUGUGCUUUUGUGAAGUUCUCCAGCCAUGGAGAGGCCCAGGCAGCUAUCAACAGUCUCCAUGGUGGACAGACCAUGCCGGGGGCGUCCUCCAGCCUGGUGGUGAAGUUUGCCGACACGGAUAAGGAGCGCACGCUGCGGCGGAUGCACCAGAUGGCGGGCCAGCUCGGCAUCUUCAGCCCCAUGACCAUCCAGUUCGGGGCCUACGGCGCCUACACCCACCCCCAGCAGAUGAUGCAGCAGCAGGCGGCCCUGAUGGCGGCGUCUCAGGGCUCCUACCUGAGCCCCAUGGCAGCCAUCGCCGCCGCCCAGAUGCACCAAAUGGCAGCUUUCAAUGUCAACGGCCUGGUAGCCACGCCCAUGACCCCCUCCUCAGGCACCAGCACGCCCCCGGGCAUCAGCGGCCCUACCGUGCAGAGCAUUGCAGCUCCCAUCGGGGUGAACGGCUUCAGUGCCCUCCCUCCCCAGACCAACGGACAGCCAGCCUCCGAGCCCAUCUACACCAACGGCAUACACCCUUACCCAGCACAGAGUCCCACGGUGGCCGACCCCCUGCAGCAGGCCUACGCCGGGGUGCAGCACUACGCAGCAGCCUACCCCACGGCCUAUGCGCCGAUCAGCCAAGCGUUUCCCCAGCAGCCCACCAUCAUCCCCCAGCAGCAGAGAGAAGGACCUGAAGGCUGCAACCUGUUCAUCUACCACCUGCCGCAGGAGUUUGGGGACGCCGAGCUGAUGCAGAUGUUCCUGCCGUUCGGCAACGUCAUCUCCGCCAAGGUCUUUGUGGACCGGGCCACCAAUCAGAGCAAGUGUUUUGGCUUUGUCAGCUUUGAUAACCCGUCCAGUGCUCAGGCUGCCAUCCAGGCCAUGAAUGGCUUCCAGAUCGGCAUGAAGCGGCUCAAGGUGCAGCUCAAGCGGCCGAAGGAUGCCAACCGACCUUACUGA